GACCGAAAUCGGUCAAAUUAAAAAAAAUAAUGUGUGUUGGUCAACAAAGAGAGGACAUAUUUUGCCACGAUAUGGGCAGCUCUUGGUACCUUAACGACACGGACAAUAUCAUGAUUUAUUUCCUUAAAAGGAUCAAAAUCAUGAACUGAAAAUUGAAAUAGAGAAACAAACUCUUUAGAUCUGGCGACACUUCAGCACAAAAGCAUGUAAAAAGCCUCCACAGAAUAUACCGGUAAUCCGAGCAUGCACUGAUAUAUGGGAGUAGUGCAGCGAACUCCUGCAAAACGAGCUCUUGAGUAUCCCACAAGCCCAUUGCUCCGCCAACUGAAGCUUUCGUAGCAGCAUCAAAGUGAACUAAGAUGAAAUUGAGUGGAAUAGCUGGAGGCACUGUUGGCCUGCUAGUUGCUCUAACCGAGAAGGAGAAGAAGACGAAGCCAAUUGUGUCGUUGACCACCCUGCCACCUGUGAAUCAAACUGCCUCUGCAGUGUCCGAAGAAGAAAGACAAUGCCCGCAUAUUUCCAAAUUCGCCAGUAAAGGAAUACGAGUCGGAAAAUUGCAGCCUUGUCAAGACCUGCCGCAUCAAAGAAAAUAAAGUGCCAACCUGCAGCAGCUACAUGCAAGGACCACAUUGAAGUUAAAUUAUACGAUCAAAAUCUGCCAAUUGCCAUAAACCCACAACUCUACCCUCUAAGAAACAAUAGAUCACGACCUUCCAAACUAUCUAUCAUGCCAAGCGCAAGAAGCCUAGAUCCUAAAAGCGCCUGCUUUGCAAGAAGUGAAAGUAUAUUGCUGUUUAAGUCACGAAAACCGAGUCCACCUUGAAGCUUGUGACAGCAUAGGGCACGCCAUGAUCAUGAUUUCCACUUCAUACCAUCCCUCCGAUCUUGUUGACCCCACCAGAACCUCUUACCAAUGCAGUAGGAGUAACCAGUUGCGGCCGGCAAUCGUAAGCAUUCCACAAAAGACGCUACCUGUGAACAUUCAGAUGUAAACAAAAAUCCAAUAGCUAACACAUCAUUCUCAUCUCUCAAGGCUGCCUAAAGUCAUGAGAUGAAAGAAUCUGAGUAUUCAUUCGGUCCCACGACUUCUGUUCCCAAUAUAUUUCCUCCUGUAAAAAGGCGAUAGAAAGAUCGUGUUCUAAAGUAAUAGUGGCAAACCAAUCCACCAUGGCAGCCUCCGGGUAGCUAUUGCAUCUUGAAGCUCACGAAUUUGUCGGGCAGCAUUGGAGGUUCCUUUUGAUGCCCACACAUAGAGCUGAUGCAUCGAAGACUUUAGUACACUAUGAAGAAGGAAAUGGUAGGUACCGCUGAUCUUCAUUACAAGCAAGAUGAACAAAGACGAAGAGCUGCAUAGCUCCAUAAACCUACCUGAUCGAUGAACACAAUUCACAAAUAGAAAAGAUUCACACUGACGCCAAACAAUACACACUACUUUAGUCACCGCCAUGCCCCCUGACCGGACGUACUAUAAUAGAGUGCUGAAAUCCUAAAUGACGCAAGCAAACGAUUCUUAACCUUGGUAUCCUGACACUUGGUUUCACAAAGAAAAACAACCAAAGGCGACCUACUAAACGUAGCAGCUAGUAAACACUUCCUCGCCAGUGCAUUGCUAAAGCCUCGACAAUUCCAGCAUAGGACGGACACUCAUAACGAAGAGUAGGAUUGGAUGGAAUGGAUACAAGUAGCACCAACAAGAUUCCACUGGCAGAGCAACAACGCUAGAUGUUACUGUAAUCACAGACCGUGUAAGGAAUAAGGUUGUGAAUGACGGAAAGAGCAGGCUCCAAGAAGGCCUUGAGUCAGAAGCUGGAGAGGACGACCAAAUUUGACCCUCAAUUUGUUGAUUUGUUGAUCAAGUAAGAAUAGCAGCAGAAUCGGUCAGCGAACAGUGGAAGUAGCCUGGGUUAAGUCGGCGGCAGAGCUGGAUGGAGGGAGAAAUUUUCAUCGAUGGCGGAUUUUGAUCACCGUGAUUUCUGGUUCACGGUGCGGCGGGGAUGUUGAUCGGGUUAGCGGGGAAGAUGAAUAUGUUGAGGCAAAUAGUGGUGGUAUUGAAGUUACAGUGAAUAGGCAGGUGGGUGCAUCGGAAUUUGAUCGAGUAUUGAGGAAAACAAAACUCUAAGCGCAGGAGCGGGAGGACAAAGAGGUUUCAAGGAGAGAGGGGGGGAGUUCAAUUCUAGGGUUUUGGCUGGUGGGAUAUAUAUUGGAAUAAAAAACUGAAGGAGCA